AAUAAGACGCCAAUUUCUCCAGUCGAGAUCAUUCGGCGGUUGCGUGUCUCUAAUAUCCGCAGGAGACUAUGAACCGACGAUGAUUCUCCGAGGAUACGACGCUUCGUCGUGUGAUUGUUGCAAGAGCGGUUUUCAUUUUGAUUGUGCGGGCAUGGACGGGGCGCAGCAGGUAGAUGUUCUCGGGGGCCUGAUUGAAUCGGUGCCGUGGGAUCGGUGGCCGUCAGGUUUCAAAUUCAGGCCUCCUUCUGGUAGAAAACGCGGCCGUGUCAGGGAUUUGCCUACCUGCAACGGAAAUUCAAGGUAACAUGUUUGAUUUUCUAUAUGCGUUGUUUUCUCAGUUUUCGAAACAAAUUCUAGAUGUUGAUGUGAAACCGAUUAGUCGAAUGAUUUAUUACAUGCUUAGUUGGGUUAGCAAAAGCUUGAGAAGAAGUGCACAAAUUUAUAUUUGAAGGUGAAACUGACCACCUGUUGAUACUCAACGGGACAGAUAUAGAAGUUCUGAUUUUAGUGUUUAUGUGAAACUGAUGGAAUUAUGACACAAAUCAGUGAUAACAGCCGAAAGAAACAGGAUAUUGUGCACACAAGUAUAUACAGGGUUAUAUGCUGAAUUAACUUUGAGCAUACAGAGAAGCAAUCGGUCAAUUGCCUUAUUCUCUUUCAGACAGGUCCACUGGAUAUGGUAACGACUAUUCAAGGGCCUGGGUUUUUAAGACAACAAGCCAUAACCUCUAAUUAGGAUGCAAUCUGGUCAUCCGACUUUUUAUAGCCUGAUGUGUGGCUGGGUAUUGCUGAUCUGGAUCAUAUAAGUGCAUAAGUUGUUUAACUUGUUAGAAUUGGCGUGCAUUGGUUUUUUCUUCUUAAGUGAAGCCAAUUAAAGAACUAAGUCUUAACUCGUAUAAAAAGGUUUUGAUUGAAGCUUUAAUCAUGCUGAUUUUGCUGAGAUUGGUGAGUAAAAUCAUCUAGAAAAGCAAGGACUAUAAUCUUGAUAUCAUAAGGAUGUUUAGUUAUUAUAUAGUGUAACUUUUUGAUCUUGCUAUAUAUCGUGAUGUAACAUAGACUUCUAUGGCAAUUAGAAAACUAUCAUCGGUGUGGCACAUAUAUUGAUCAUCAACAUGAUUCUUAUACAUAAUGACUAUUAUGUAUUGAUUUCCCUUCGGAGUGCUUGUGGUUGUGCCUAUAUGAAGUGCAAUCGUGGUUGUAAUAGCAUAAUAGGUAGUUGUAAUAAUAAUUAAGUCUCAUGUGUAAUGGAUACGGCUUCUUAUUUUUCUUUAGUUCUCCAAUUUCCAAUUAGUGGAAGUGUUGGGGUUAUACUCACUUAGACACGAGGGGAGUGAAGGAUAUAUCAUAACAUUAUGUGGUCUCUAUCUAUGAGUUUAAUUUGUUCAAUGAGUCAUAUCCUCAAAAAGAAAGGCUACCAUAUACGAACAUAUGCUAGAGGAAAGAUCCGGAGAAUAGUUAGAAAGGUAAAGUGUUUUCUCAAAAGAAAUAAAAAAGGAAAGAGAGUUGAUUAUCUAAUUUGGAAACAUUAAGCUUACACAUAUAUUAGCAAAGUAAACAGUCCUAUUCUUUAUUGGAACUCAUGUUCUUGUCAUCCUCUUCCUGAAGUUAAUUCCAUGGCAAGGUUUAUAAAACUUCUUAAGUGGCACAUUAUGAUUAUUAAAGACUUUUCACCAACCAUUCGAUAUGACGCCUAUAAAUUAAUAGAGAGUUGAUAAGAUUGUGAAUGUACAAAGUGUUCUAUAUUUAUAUAUUUAGCACUAUAUGAUUAUAAAUGGAAAAACCACACGGAAAAUAUAACAAUAUAAAUAUCUCUAACAAUAAGUCAUCCUCAUCUUUAAAUGGAUAUACUUUUCCAUCAAUGCUAUCAGAUACUUGGUCAAAGUCAAAAACUCAUGUAGUCUUAAGUAUUUCUCACUGCUAUUCAAAGUAAUCCCUUAUUGCUUGGUUUGAUUGAAAACUAACUAAUGCAUAAGCAAACAGUUUUGAGGGCUGACACUCUUUAAAGUGCUCAUGUAGCGGGGGCUUGCGUAUGUUUGAAAUUUUUGUUGUCUUGAAGUUCAACAAUUAAAGCACAAUAUUUCUAGCAAUUUAAAGAAGAUAAAUAUACACUAGAUUACAUACUUCUACAAAUGAGAAGAUGGGGAUACACAUAAGAGACAUCAAUUAAGAUUAAACUCAUUGUUACCGAUUAUGGUCAAUCGGUUCGGUACGAGUAACAAGGGACAAUUUAAUUCUAUUUGUGCUUUUGUAUUUUCAUAUUUCUAGUAUCUUUCCAAAUUUCUUUGAACUAGUCUUCAAGUCAUUUUCAAUUUUAAAUUUUAUCGAAUUUUAAAAAUAGAUAUCGUCGUGCUUUUCUUAAUCAAGGCUUGAUAAUCAAAUUAGAUAAAGAUAGGGCUUGUUGAAGUUUUCUUUAAAUUAUCUUUUGAUUACGCACAAUAUCUUGGUGGUGAUGCCCAACAGACUCUAGGCUUAGAAGUAGAACCUUUGUUUGGUUCAAUUAUUUUUAUCAAUACAGGCUUCUAUUGCUGUUUUUUUUGCAAUACAUCUUUCUUCAACUAUACUCUUACCUCCUUUUUCUGUAGUCCGAAAUUUUAGUUGUUCUCUUCAUAUUCUUAUCCAACAUCAACGGAUAUAAAUAUUCUUUUGAGCUUUAAUUCACAUCCCAAAAUUCAUUUUUUUCCUUUGGAGGUUCUUUGCCUUGGUUAGAGUGGCCCUUUGUCAAAUUAUUUGAGAUAUCUGCAUAUAACAUCACAAAUCUUGGCUUCACCUUGUUUAUAUAUGUGUGUGGGCAAAUGCUCUUUUUAUUUAUUUAUUAAUCUAUGUAUUAUUUCAUUUGGAGAAGACAUUUUAUUUUUUAGUGUCAACUAAAUUAUUACUAUUGUUUUGACUUGGAAUUGGAAAGUACAAUAAAUUAUAACUAUAAUGUUCAUUUUCUAAUUAAAAAUCCCAAAAUAUACCAAUUUUACAUAGAAUAAACACAAGAAUAUGGAACUUUGGCAAGCCUACUAAUCACAAAUAAUCAGAAAAUUUAGAACAAGAGAUCCAAAAAGGACCCACAAAAGAUUUGGUUGUCAUAAUCUUGAAUAAAGAUUGCAAUUGUGUAGCAUUGUGUAUUGUUGUAUUUGUAAUUUCAUUCCGUUGCUAGAGGCAUGGAAAAAAACAACCUCUUUGUAAGGAAUGAGAAAAAGGAAGAAAUUUGUUUGAAAUGGAAUUUCUUAUUGAAUGCUUCAUUCUAUUUCAAACGAGUAACCAAACAACACUUUUUUCUUCCUUGAGGUUGCUUAUUCCAUUCUAGCAUUGGUUCCAGCAUACAAAACAAGAUUCAUAAUUCGAUUCCCAUAAUUAGUAGAAGUAAACUAUAUGUUUGAGCUUCUCUAUUGAGGAUCACCUACUUUACAAACAUAGGACUUGAUAUGGGCCAGCAUUUGUCAUUAAUCAACAAAACAAGAAGUGGAUAGAUAAAUAGAUACACACAAAGAGAGAGGGAGGGAGGAUUCACCCACUCUCAUUUGACCUUCCCAAUUGAGGAUCUGCUGCCUACUUAUGAAAUUUGGGGAUCCAACAAAGUUCUCUUGUUAGAUGCACUUAUAGGCCUGGACAAUUCAUGAUUAAACUAUAAUGAUACUAAGUGGACAACAUGGUACAUUUAUAGUGCAAGAUCAAUUGCUAUGUAGCAUUGUAAGUUCAUUUUGGGCAAGCACAAGCUUCGUUUCUGUGUCAAUUCCAAUUUAUCCGAAGAUAAUAUUCAAAAUAGGAAACAAUGAUUGAUAUUCUGAAUAUUAUCUUUAUUACUGUACAUGAGAAGUAAUUAAGCACCCCAAACAGUACCAUACUUGCCAUUAUAGAGAAAAGGUUGAAAGUGAAGGGUACUUUGGUAAUUAUUAAGUAGGAGGUCAGUAAGGCGUGAUGGAGUGGAAUAGGUCUUCCCUAGCUUGCCAUAUUAAUUUACCAUAAUGUCCUUGCUGUAAGAUUGUUAUAAUUUAGUCCGAGUUGUCUAGGUCUAUAAAAUGCAUAUAGUAGGAGGAUUCUAGGCCAGAAAACGAAAUGCGUGAGAUAGGUGGCGGAUCCAAAUAGAGAAGGCGUGCGUGGGUGAUUGCUCUUUUUUUGUAUCUAUUAAUCUAUGUAUUAUUUCAUUUGGAAAAGACAUUUUAUUUUUUAAUGUCAAAUAAUUGUUCACUUAAAACAUUGUUAGUAUUGUUUUGAUUUGGAAUUAGAAAGUACUAUAAAUUAUUACUAUAAUGGUUAUUUUCUAAUUAAAAAUCCAAAAUAUACCAAUUUUUACAUAGAAUAAACACAAGAAUAUGGGAACUUUGGCAAUCCUACUAACCACAAAUAAUCAGAGAACUUAGAACAAGAGAUCCAAAAAGGACCCACAAAAGAUUUGGUUGUCAUAAUCUUGAAAAAAGAUUGCAAUUCAAUGUUGCAUUGUGUAUCAUUGUAUUUAUAAUUUCAUUCCAUUGCUAGAGGCGUUGAAAAAAACAACCUCUUUGUAAGGACCAGAAAAAAAGGAAGAAAUUUGUUUGAAAUGGAGUUUUUUAUUGAAUGCUUCAUUCUAUCUCAAAUGAGUAACCAACCAAACUUUUUCCUUCCUUGAGGUGGCUUAUUCCAUUCUAGCAUUGGUUCCAACAAACAAUACAAGACUCAUAGUUCGAUUUCCAUAAAUAGUAGAAACAAACUAUAUGUUUGAGCUUCUCUAUUGAGGAUCACCUACUUUACAAACAUAGGACUUGAUAUGGGCCAACAUUCGUCAAUAAUCAACAAAACAAGAAGUUGAUAGAUAAAUAGAUACACACAAAGAGAGAGGGAGGGAGGGAGGUUUCACCCACUCUCGUUUGACCUUCCCUAUUGAGGAUCUGCUGCCUACUUAUGAAAUUUGGGGAUCCAACAAAGUUCUCUUAUUAGAUGCAUUUGUAGGCCUGGACAAUUUAGUAUUAAAUUAUAAUGAUACUAAGUGGACAACAUGGUACAUUUAUAAUGCUAGAUCAAUUGCUAUGUAGCAUUGUAAGUUCAUUUUGGGCAAGCACAGGUUUCAUUUCUAUGUCAAUUCCAAUUUAUCCAAAGAUAACAUCCAAAAUAGGAAAUAAUGAUUGAUAUUCUUAAUAUUAUCUUUAUUACUGUACAGGAGAAGUAAUUAAGCACCCCAAACUGCACCUUAUUUGCCAUUAUAUAGAAAAGGUUGAAAGUGAAGGGUACUUUGGUAAUUAUUAAGCGGGAGGUCAGGAAGGCGUGAUGGAGUGUAAUAGGUCUUCCCUAGCCGGCCAUAUUAAUUGAUUAAAUUGCUAAACCAAACAUUAUGAAUUUACUAUAAUGUCCUCGCUGUAAAAUUAUUGUAAUUUAAUCCGAGUUGUCUAGGUCUAUAAAAUGCAUAUAAUAGGAGGAUUCCAGGCCGGAACCCUAAAUGCGUGAGAUAGGCGGCGGAUCCAAAUAGAGAAGGUCACAGGUUAUAUCAUUUUCGGUCUUAGAAAGCAGAUUCAAAGGUGAUAAUGUUUAGCUGUUGACCCGUUUCACUUUCCAGUAAUAUAUUCAGAUUGGUUGCGUCAUUGAAACACAGUCAACCUAUAAGAAGCAUUUCAGUAGGAUUGAGUUUGGAAGAUUGGUUGCAUCAUAAGAAGAGUGUUUGCAAAUUAUUUGAGGAGGUAGAUUUCAAUUCCUUUUCUGAAAAGCAUCAGGGAGGCUUCAUUCAGAUAUCAUAUCGAUGGCACAUGAAAUUGAUGUUCAACUUCCAGUACAGUUUGAGGACUUCUAUGUUCUUUCUUUUGGGGAGAUAAGUGCAAGUCCAUCUUACUAUGGUGUCGACUAUAUUUGGCCAAUCGGAUAUAUAUCUUGUUGGCACGAGAAGGUUACUGCCUCACUUUAUACCUGUGAGGUGUCAGAUAAUGGUGAUGGUGGGCCUGUUUUUACUGUUAGAAGGUCCAGUUGCUCAACGUGCCCUGCUCCAUGUGGUUCAACUGUUCUGUCUAGGGCAGACCAGGAACCUUCUGAUUACUUGAAAGAUAAAAAUGCUGUUCUCAUGGAUCCUACUGAUUUGGAUCAUGAUGAGUAUAACAAGGUUCUAAAGACGCUUCCUGAUAUCAUCCCUCCUUCUCAAAUGGAUCUUGGCAGCAGCUCUGAUGAAUGUCCUGUCAUGCGGGCCAGUGAUGAUCUGGUUUCUGGAGAUUUCAUUGGCGAGCUUCUGGUUCAAGAUUCUUCACCAUCUUCAGCUUGGAGGCUGAUGUUGAAAAAAGUUGCUGAUGCUCAUCAACAAAACAUUAAACGGAGUGGCGGUCUGCAGUGCUUCUGUGAGCAUGCUAAAGAUUCGAACUUUUUGUCCUCUAUGCAGUUUAUCUGUCCGAGUAGCAGAGACCAGGUCGCCUUUUUGGACAAAUUUGCUUCACAACACGACAUCAAGGGUCCAUCUUUCAUUCGAGGUGAUAAGGAGUCUUGUGGAUUUUCAGACUCGUUGAUGAAAUGGUUGAGAGACUACAAGUUUGGACUAGAUAUCGGGUUUGUUCAAGAAAUCAUAGAACAGCUUCCUGGUGCAGGAGCCUGUUCAAGAUACAUAUUAUGCAAAGACCGCCUAACGGAUUCAUCCUCAACAAUUGUAAAUAAAAAAAUUAAUAUUAAGGAGGGGAUAGAGGGUGGGAAGGCUACCAAGGGAGAUGCCCGAUUAACUACCUUGACCAUAUCGAGCAAAAGGGAGAGCAUGCUGAUCACGGAAGAGACUGCCAUCAACAAGCAACCUUUUCUUUUAGGGAGUCUUAUUAGCUCAAGGCUGUCUUCUCAUGCCGUAGGCAACCUUGUUCAGGUGCAUGAAUUCCUAUGUCGUUUCCAAGAAAAUCUUGGAGUUAAAGAUCAGUUAUCAUUUGAAGAACUUGAGAAGGAGCUUCUCUGUCCGUGGAUGGACAGCUUAGAUAGUCCAGAGGAAGUUGAUUUCAGUAGCACAGGUGCUACAUAUGGGCUUGGUGAAUCAUCGAUCCUGGAAACAAUAGAAAUGAAUUGUACUAGAUGUAUCAGUGAUAAAUUGACUACUAUUCACCAGGCACUGCUUCCUGAGCUAGUAAGUGAACUCCUGGACAAAAUAGCAUCAGUCGUGAACAUAACUAGUGAGGCUGAAAUAUCUAAGUCAAAGUGGGGCCAUAAAAAAGAUUCAGCUAACCGAAACAUGGUUAAGAGAAUAAAAUUAGAUAUGGUUCCAAUCAACCAGCUGACUUGGCCGGAAGUGGUCCGGAGAUAUAUCUUGUCUUACUUGCUAAUGGGAGGAAGACUCAAUUUUCUAGACACUGCUAUCCGUAAUAAUACCAAGCUCAUGCGCUGUCUGCAAGGUGAUGGUGGUAUUUGCUGUUGCUCACUCACCGGCGUUGCAGGUGUUGAUGUGGAUGCGCAGUUGCUUGGAAGAGCUGUUGAUAAAGUCUUCAACAAAUUGGACGGAGAGAGCUACACUAAAACAAUGGGCCUUACAGGGAAUAAGGCAGAUAAUUCAGAUGAAAAUGGGUUGGCUACAGGUGGUAGUGUUCCGGAAUGGGCCAAGGUGCUUGACCCAGUCAGAAAGCUCCCGACAAAUGUCGGAGCCAGAAUCCGGAACCUCAUCAUUGAUGCGUUGGAGAAAAAUCCACCCGAUUGGGCUAGGAAGCUAUUGAAGGCUUCCAUAGCAAAGGACGUCUAUAAAGGAAACGCAUCUGGGCCUACCAAGAGGGCCGUUAUUGAAGUUCUGAAAAGAUUAUCUGAUGAAGCAGCAAGGCCAUUACCACCAGUCAGGGAAGAAAAAAGAACACCUGAGCUGGUAUCUAAACUUAUACUAAAAAAAUGCCGUAUUAUAUUACGCCGUGUAGCUGCUUGUGAUAUGAACAGAGUCUUCACUGACUUGGUGGGGAGGAACUUCAGUUAUGAUGACGACGACGUAAGAUUUGUUUUUGGAUCUACAUCAACACGUCCUCUGGAUUUACGGACCAUCGAUAUGAGAUUGCUUCAUGGCACAUAUGGUGGUUCACAUGAAGCUUUUCUCGAGGAUGUUAGGGAGCUGUGGAUCAACUUAAAGAUAAUUCACUCGAAUAGGCCUAGUCUGGUUAAGUUGGCAGAUGAAAUGUCCAAAGAGUUUGAAUCACGAUAUGAAAACGAGGUAGCCUCCCAAUUUGGGCGAUUUCUUGAAUAUAACGUAAACGGAAAGUUUACUAAGGAGGUAGAGAAGGAGCUUGAAGAACAACUAACUUCUCUUGAAAUCCCCAAAGUGCCCUGGGAAACGGGAAUCUGCAAGGUAUGUGGCCUUAACAAAGAUGAUGAAAAGGUGUUGCUGUGUGAUACGGAAGGGUGUAAUGCCGAGUAUCACACAUACUGCCUGAGUCCACCUCUUUCUGAAAUUCCCGAAGGCGAAUGGUAUUGUCCUACGUGUACACCUCGUAAGCAACUUGUUGACAACACAUCACAAGGUCCUCGACAUGUUUUACAAUUUGUGAACAAAAAAUGGGAAGAGGCGGAUCAGUUUUUGGAUAUAGCGACUGCUUUGGACGAAACCGAGUAUUGGGAUUUAGAGGCAGAUAAGAAAACCUUUUUGCUCAAGUUUCUAUGUGACCAGCUACUGGAUACUGCUCUUAUUCGUGAGGAUAUUGAUCAUUCACGAGCAAAGCUGGCGAAAGUUAUGCGGAAAUUGAAAGCAUCGAGGUCCAUAGAAGAAAUUCCGCAUAAGGAAGGUGCGGAGAUCCAAAAACGACAAGAUGGUUCUGCCCCUCAUGUUGAUCAUUGUGACACUGAUAGAGAGAAUGACGGCGGUUAUGUUUCUGAUGAUCAUCUGAGAGAACAGGUCUCGAGGCUGUCUUUGCGGAAGGAGUUUUUGGGUAUUGAUUCUGAUGGAAGAUUGUACUGGGGAUUUCCAGAAACAAGUCCUAAUCAUGGGAUAGUUGUACACGAGAACUCGAGUGAAACUAGUCCAUCUGAUCAUCCAGCAAGUCAUUCACAAUCUGAAUCUUUUGGGUCAUGGCAUGCAUUCCAAUCAGAUGACGAAAUAAGCAAUCUUGUUGAUCAUCUGAGAAGGAAUGAUCCUGAAAAAACAGAAUUGAGAAAUUCUAUCUUGUGGUGGCAACAAUCAAUGUUACAAAGUGGUCAACCAACUAAUCGGAAUUUGGUCAAUUCUGCAGACUCAAAGAGAUCUGUUUCUCCCAGUCUCCUCCCUACUAAGGCAACGGCUUUGCUAGAGUCCAAAUACGGCUUGCAUUCGGAGCCAGAUGCUGGCGUAUCUCUAAAGAAGCCAAGACGAAAGAAUAUUGCAAAAUGGCACAGAUGUGAUUGUUUAGAACCCGUUUUGCCAUCUCGGUACCACUGUGUCAAAUGCCACGAAACUUUCUUCACGAACAUCGAAUUCGAACAUCACAAGCGUUCUAUUUGUGGUCAGAGUUCGUCAUCAGAAACGAGCAAAUUAGUUGUCAGCAAGAUUUCUGAGACUUCACAUAAAGAAUCCAUUGACUCACUAAAGAGCAGGCCUUCAUUGGUUUCUGGUUUCAGCCAUGAUGGUUCGGGUACGGUUGCAGCCUUGAAACCUGGUGUUGAUGGCUCGGAAAUCUUGGUAAGCGAGUCUGACCCAUUCAGCGAGGUAGGUGGAAACUUUGUUAUCCCUGAGGGUUCAUUGAAGGCAAUUGUGGGGAAGGCUGUUUAUAUGUUGAGGCAGCUGAAGAUCAAUUUGCUGGAUAUGGAAGCUGCACUUCCUGAUGAAGCAAAAAGAACUUCUAGGGCCGGUCAUGAAUGGAGAUCGGCAUGGUGUACAUUUGUUAAAUCUGCUAAUACGAUAUAUGAGAUGGUUCAAGCUAUCAUGGUAUUCGAAACCAUGAUCAAGACGGAAUAUAUCAAGAAUACUUGGUGGUGGUACUGGUCUUCCGCUUCAAUUGCUGCAAGUACCUCCACCAUGUCCGCCCUCGCUCUUCGCAUCUACACGCUCGACGCUUCUAUCGACUACCAGAAAACCACCACUUCUUCCGUCCCAAAACAAUCAAGGAAACGGAAAGAAGCAAGCGAAAAGGCCAAGAAAUCAGAAGAUAAAAACAAGAAAUCAAGACCAGUUGAAGAGCAGAAAGAUGGUAUGGUGGCAUCGUAAUUGAUCGAUUUUUUGGAAGAAAUGGAAAUGAUCGUAAAUGUUUUGUUGAUGUAAAUUGGGUAGAUGCUACUGAACAGAGUUUUAACGACGUAGUUUCAUCGACUGUUUUGGCUUUUCUUUUUGUAUUUUAGAUUUAAUUGUUUAGCUAGCUGUAGAUGCUGUUGUGAUAUAUAGAAGCAUCUUUUUCCUGCUUUCAUAUUUGGUGCUUUGCGGGGUAGUCUAGCUUACUUUUUGUGGUUUAUAUUGUUGGUUUUUAAUUAA